UUUGGAUAGGAAAUUCAAUUCUACAUAGGAAUAUUGGAAGAGGAGCCCCUCUCUCUCUCUCUCUCUCUCUUUCUCUCUCUCACAACAUAUUAUACUGUACCAUACUACAAUAAUUCACGCACAUAGACAACGGAAGCUGCAGUGGUAGGUGGUGGAGGCGGCGAUGGGUUGGGCAAUAGCACUGCACGGUGGCGCUGGUGACAUCCCACGGUCGAUGCCUCCGGAGCGCCGAGAGCCCCGAGAAGCCGCCCUCCGCCACUGUCUCCAGAUCGGUGUUGAUGCUAUUAAAGCUGGUCGAUCACCAUUGGACGUCGUCGAACUCGUUGUCCGUGAACUGGAAGAUAAUCCAAAUUUUAAUGCUGGCAAAGGCUCUGUGUUGACGAGCAAUGGCACUGUAGAGAUGGAAGCUUGUAUCAUGGAUGGAAAUACAAAGAACUGUGGUGCUGUUUCUGGUGUUACUACAGUUAAAAAUGCCAUUUCUCUAGCAAGGCUAGUUAUGGAGAAAACUCCUCACAUCUAUCUCGGAUUUGCUGGAGCAGAGGCAUUUGCAAGGGAACAAGGCAUUGAAACUGUUGAUUCAAGCUAUUUUAUAACUCCCGAAAACAUUGAGAGACUAAAACAAGCAAAAGAAGCUAACCGUGUUCAGAUCGACUUUACACAACCAAUCCCAAAUGUUGAUGACGAAGCAUCACUUCUUAAAGGUGAUAGUCAAAUUGGAACAGUUGGAUGUGUUGCUGUUGACAGCAAAGGAAAUUUAGCCACUGCUACAUCCACUGGUGGAUUAGUCAACAAGAUGGCGGGAAGAAUUGGUGAUACGCCCAUCAUUGGAGCAGGCACAUAUGCCAAUAGUGUAUGUGCCGUCUCUGCUACUGGCAAAGGCGAAGCCAUAAUCCGUGCUACUGUUGGAAGAGAACUGGCUGCUCUUAUGGAGUACAAAGGGCUUUCUCUCAGCGAAGCGGCAACCCACAUUAUAGAUGAGUGUACACCAAAGCGCACCACUGGUUUGAUCGCCGUGUCUGCCAAAGGAGAAGUUACGAUGCCAUUUAACACAGUUGGCAUGUUCAGAGCAUGCGCUACCGAAGAUGGUUAUACUGAGGUUGGAAUUUGGCCCAACGAGCCAUGUGAUUGAUUGUUAUAUCCCUGCAGAAAUUUCGAAUUGUUCUUUAUUUAGCAAAUUCUCCGGUAUAUCAGCUGUUUGACGUUACUGACACUUGAAUGUUGGCUGAUAUUGAACAUAUUCUUCAGUUCUGAUCGGUAGUUCCGGAAUUCUGUGACUAAUUUCUUGAAUAUAAUAGGUCAUGCUGAUCUGAACCAUAAUAACCGUCCUUCUUAUUUUCCUUGGGCAUCACAGAGUACCAAGAACCGUGGCUAUGAACUUGGUGUUACCCCCCGCUCUGAGGCUGUGAUGAAAGAA